CGCGGCUCUGCAUGAAUUCAGUAUGCUCACUUUCUGAUUCUGAGCGCCUCGGCAGCUUCGGUCGUCUCGGACAAGGUUACGCUAGUUAAGCUACUUUACAAAUAGUUAUGGGUGGCGAACUCGCUGAACACGGCCAUCAUCACGGUCCGAAACCUCCGGCCGUUCCAGAUUACAGGGUCUACAAAGUCGAGGACGUCCCGAGGCUGGUGAAAAUGAGGGAUGCCCUAGCCCGAGAGGGCCUCAAAGACCCAUGGAUGAGGAAUGAAGUAUGGCGUUACAAAGAGUACACAAAGAACAACAGUAGGACCCUUCUCAAGAAUGCUCUUAUGCGUGGACUGAAGCCUGGCCUAGCACUGGCUGUAGCCACGGUUGUUUUAGAGAAAGCAUACGACUAUGCUUUCCCAAAGAAGCACCAUCAUGGCUACUACGACAAGGACGAGGGCCACCACUAAUUAGCACAGAAAUAUUUGACAAGUAAUGCUAGUGAAUAAACAAGUUCAGUUGCAGAGAUU